AGAAUAUCCAGUUCAUGACUGACCACAGUACCACACUGAAUGAUAAAGUGUGUAGGCGUAAGGAUCCAGCCACUCUAUGGUUGAACUCACUCCUGUGAACAAACAUGGCUAAAACAUUUUGUGGAAUAAUGUUUUUCAUUGAUUAUUUGUUAUUUACUGAGGGCCAAAGUUAUCUUGAAUAUGGCCUGAUUGAAUUUUGCACUGGACCACUAGGAAGUAAUGAAGUUCUCUUCACUUAUGAUACUGAAGUGGCUGCAUACAUGGACUUAGAAGAGGGGAAACUAAAUAUCUUAGUACCUGAUAUUGCAUAUAGUAUUCCGGGCUUCGAUUUAUUUUCCCUGAACAAUUUUAAAUCCAAUGAUAUUGGAUUAACACCUUUUUGCAAAGAUGCUUCUUAUAAGAUGCUCUCUAUUAAUGCAUCUGAACCUAUUGAACCCCCCUGGACCUCAGUUUACCCCAGGAACGAUGUGAAAUUAAAUGUCAAAAACACCCUUGUUUGUCUGGUAUCUGGAUUCUUCCCUCCACCUGUCAGAGUUUCAUGGACCAAGAACAAUGUGAAUGUGACAGAUGAGUCAACUCUCAGCAGAUAUUACCCCAACAAAGAUAAAAACUUUAAUGUAUUUUCUCGACUGAGCUUUAUUCCAGAGGAAGGAGACAUUUACAGCUGUUCUGUGGACCACAAAUCCCUUCAACAACCUCAAACCAGAACAUGGGGUGGGUUUGUGUUUAAUAUUGACAUUACUGACAAUUGACAAAAACACAUGAUGAAUUUCACAAAUAUGUGUGUGUGUGUGUGUGUGUGUGUGUGUGUGU